AUGUUAUCUGCGCAGCGGCAGACAAAGAAUGAUGACACACCAUUUAAGAGUUCUACGACGACAGCUGCGAGUCCUACUGAUGAAAUAUGUAACGUCAAUACAAACGCACGGGAGAGUGGCAACACUUAUAAUGAGGCGGAAAAUUUGCGCUUAACUAUGAGAACCAUCAUGCAAGAAGAGCUACAUGUUAUAGUAAGGGAGGCAAUUAGAGAAGAGUUCUCAUACUUGAGAAAAGAGAUGCGCAGCUUUGAGGAUUCUAUAAGCUUCAUGAAUGCCAAUUUUGAGGAUAUGAAGACUAAAGUAGAGGCCUACAUGCAGGACACCAAACAACUCCGUUCUGAAAGUGAAUUGCUCCAACGCAAUGUUAAAGACCUAUAA